AUCCAGCUCAGACCUUCGGGCCGCCUCCAAGGGCUCUGAGGACAAGCGACCUCAAACCAGUGAAGGCGCAGCUCCGUAGCCAUUUUAGUUCAAGACGUUUUUGCUCGAGCUUGGGGGGGCAAAGCACCCUGCGCUGCAGAAGGAGACCCCCGCAACUCGAGAGCUGGGAAAGAUGGCGAGCCUCGCGCGAGACCGGCUCCCGGCCGUCGGCGAGCAGCUCAGGAGAUCACGGCCGGCGUUGGCGUGGGCGGAGGUGGCCAGCCCGACGGCCGCACCGAGGCCGAGGCAACCUUCGACUCCUCGCGGGAACCCCUGCGCGGCGGCAAGGGCGCUCCGACGCGAUGUUCCGGGCAGGCCCUCCGCCGGUGGGGACGCCCUGCCGCGCUCUGACGCCCUCGGCCCCCUCGGCAUCCGCAGGCCCGUUGGGCUCAAGCUUCCGACGGUCACGGGGAUCGACGAGCCCCGCCCCGGCAGCGGCACGUCGGGCCAGCGCGUGGCCGAGGCGUUCACGGCGCCCGAGCUGCCCAGAAUGGAGCCCGCCGCCAGCACGGCAACGGGCGGCCAGACGAGCGGCACGGAGUCGACCUCCGACCUCUCCGGGCGGUCCCUGAGUCCUGGCGAGGCGGGCGCCAGGCUCCGUCGGACCAGCGCAACCGCCCGCGAGGAGGAGCGGCCCCCCUCUCGACGACGAUCGGCCCAGCCGACCUCGGCGACUUCGACGGCCGCGAGCCCCGUCGGCCCGGGGGCCUGCCGCGGGCCGCCCGGCCUCGACGAGAGCCACAGAGUCCCGCGCUGCGUGCACGCGCGCGAGCCAGCGCGGCCCCCGCGCCCGCGGGGGGAGGCGCCCAGCGGGGCCCGCCCUGGCUGCGCCGGGAGGUCGGCUUCGGCGAGGGUCAGCAGGCUCCCGCGCUCGUCUGGCGCCUGAGAGGCCCCGGCCCGGGCUGGGUAGUCGAAGGCCAGACUGUCAGACUGGAUUGGGCCCCAAGGGCCAAUCUGGCCCGGCCAAACUGGAUGAUUUGGGCUAUUCGCCAGACUGGAUUCGCGCUGGCUCCCUCGCCAGAUUGCCCCCGUUUGCCAGAUUGGGCCUGCCAGAUUGGCGCCAGACUACCCAGUGAGAGGCCCUGGCCCGGGAGGUAUGUACGGCCGUCGCGGCGGGGCCCCCGGUGGCCAGCGUACCGCUGAGAAACGGCCUGGUCACCGCGCACUGCUGAGAGACGGCCUGGUCCGGCCGACAGGCCGAGGAGCGUGGCCCGAUGCCGCUGGGGACUGGCCCUCGUCAGAGGAGGAGGGGGGUGGAGGAGGAGGA